AUGGCGACUGCAAGUGGACGCGCCGGCCUGCGCCCGCGCAAAUCGUUAGCAGACAUAGAUAUCGAGGACGUCCUAAAUGACUCAGAAUUUGACUUCUCGGGAGAUGAUUCAGACGACGACCCUAUGUUUCUCCCAUCAGAAAUGAUUAGAGUAAUAUAUCAUUCAUCUUUUUUUCUUCACAUAACAGGUGACUUACAGGCGGUGUAUGAUAAAAUGAAAGAAGCUGGAAAAAACUCUGUGGAUGGCAUUGUGCAAUGGUUUCAGGAAUCUAAAAUAAUCGACAAAGCCAAAGAAAACGAGGAGAAAGUCCGUUCAUAUUUCGCAAACGAGUCUAACAAGAACGAUAUAUCCGCCGAUAAGUUCAAAGAGGUGGUCGGUAAAGUAGCCUCUGAUCAGAAGAAGAAUGUCGGAGAUCUAGCGAAAAACUUGCAGGAGUAUGCGGGUGCGUUGGGGGCCGCGGUCCAAGAGGGCGCUAGUAAAGCACUCGGCGCCUUAGGAAUGAAAUAGGGACAA